UACAGGUCUAUAAAUAACUAGUAUGCCUUGAUAUUCUUCCUGAAGAUCAUAUUAUACAUCGUGAAAUGAUGGAAUCGAGAAGUACUAGCUUUGUUAGUGAUAUUUAGUAACAUUUAUUUUAAAAAAAAACAGCGUUUUGCAGAAUGAAAACUGAAUACUACUAGGGCCUACACCUUGAUUUAGAAAAUGGCGACGUCAUUGCUACCAAAACAUACAUCUGAUUCCAAUGCGAAUGGUGAUUUAGGUGCACGUGAGGACGUGGAUUCCGCUGUCCAUCCAAUCAUUUCGCUCGUUAUUGUCAACGUUGGCGGUCCUAGUAUAGGACCUGGAACGGCAGAUAAACGGAAGAAAGCUAUAGCUGAGUUUUUAAAAGAAUUUCAGCCCAAUAUUGUGCUUUUCCAGGAGUUUUCCUGGGCCGGAAUAACUGGCUCAGCUUGGAGGAAUGUAACCAUCCCCGAGAAGUACGAAUACACCGGAAAUAACCAGGCCAGCAUUUUGUUCGAUAAAAAUGAGUUCAUUGUAGAGUUUCCUGGUCAUAAGGAAUUACAGAGCCUGCUUGAUGAAAUGAUUCGUAAAGUACAACUUCCAAUGGGUUUUACCCCAUUAUCAAGAAUGUGCAUGCGAAUCAUUCAAACCAAAGGUGUUCCAAACAUAAAAUUUCUUUGUGUUUCUUGGCACGGUCGAAGAAAGGGGAAAAUGGCAGAUUUAAUCAUGGAGCUAAAACAUUUGCUUAUUUUCAUCGAAAGGUUCAGUAAUAAUCAGGGCCUGCCACUCAUUGUUGCUGGCGAUUUUAAUAUUUCUCUUGAGGAGGUCGCCACACUUGUCAAAAGUCCCCUUGUCAUUUAUAAGUAUCGGCCCCUAAGAAGGGAAGGGGAUAAAGUGAUAGACUUUUUCAUAGGAUCAGAAUUGUAACCACUGGAAAAGAUGUCUGCAGUAGACUGGGAAAGGGGAGACAAUUCUGUAGAGGCUUACAGAGUAUUUGAUCACGACCCAGUUUACGCUCAAAUUGGGCAUAAUUUACCAAAGAAGAAAAUUCCUGACCCCUCCUCUUCUGGGCAGAAAGCAGGACAGAGGUCGGUUUCCAGUCGGGUCAGAAAACAAUCUGCA